AUGACUCCGCCGCCGCCCCAGCCACCGCCUCCGGGCCCCGACCCUGCUGAAGACUCCGCCGCGGACCCCUGCCCCAGGCCGGAACUCUUGGUCGUAUUGUUUGGGGCCACGGCUGGUGCGCUGGGGCCCGACUUGGGCUCCGACGAGACCGACUUAAUCCUACUAGUCUGGCAAGCCGUGGAGCCACGAAGACGCCAGGUGGGUACGCUGCACAAAUCUUUAGUGCGUGCCGAGGCGGCAGCGCUGAGCCCACAGUGCCGCGAGGCGAGCGGCCUUAGCGCCGACAGUCUGGCGCGGGCCGAGCCACUGGACAAGGUUUUGCAGCAGUUCUCACAGUUGGUGAGUGGGGAUGUAGCUCUGCUCGGCGGGGGCCCCUACAUGCUUUGCACUGAUGGGCAGCAGCUGCUGCGACAAGUCCUACACCCUGAGGCCUCCCGGAAGAACCUAGUGCUCCCAGACACCUUCUUCUCCUUCUACGACCUCCGCAGAGAAUUCCAUAUGCAGCACCCUAGCCUCUGUCCCACCAGAGACCUCACAGUGGCCACCAUGGCACAGGACUUGGGACUGGAUACUGAUGCCACAGAGGAUGACUUUGGAGUCUGGGAAGUAAAGACAAUGGUAGCCAUCAUCCUCCACCUGCUGGAAGGGCCCAGUGGUCAAUUAUUUUCAAAGCCUGAGGUGGUAAAGCAGAAAUACGAGACAGGGCCUUGCAGCAAGGCUGACGCAGUGGACAGCGAGACUGUGGUGCGUGCCCGUGGGUUACCCUGGCAGUCAUCAGACCAGGAUGUGGCUCGAUUUUUCAAAGGGCUCAAUAUUGCCAGGGGUGGUGUGGCACUCUGCCUCAAUGCUCAGGGGCGCAGAAAUGGCGAGGCCCUCAUCCGCUUUGUGGAUAGUGAACAGCGGGACCUAGCACUGCAGAGGCACAAGCACCACAUGGGUGUCCGCUAUAUUGAGGUGUACAAAGCCACAGGGGAGGAGUUUGUAAAGAUUGCAGGGGGCACUUCAUUAGAGGUGGUCCGCUUCCUGUCCAGGGAAGACCAGGUGAUCCUGCGACUGAGGGGACUGCCCUUCUCAGCUGGACCAGCAGAUGUGCUGGCUUUUCUGGGGCCAGAGUGCCCAGUGACUGAAGGUGCAGAUGGCCUGCUCUUUGUGCGUCACCCUGAUGGCCGGCCCACUGGUGAUGCCUUUGCCCUCUUUGCCUGUGAGGAGUUGGCACAGGCUGCCCUGCGCAGGCACAAGGGCAUGCUGGGUAAGCGAUACAUUGAACUCUUCCGGAGUACUGCAGCCGAGGUGCAGCAGGUUCUGAACCGCUAUGCAUCCAGCCCUCUCCUUCCCACCCUCACUGCCCCACUGCUGCCCAUCCCCUUCCCACUGACUACUGGGACCGGGCGGGACUGUGUACGUCUUCGAGGCCUGCCCUACACAGCCACCAUCGAAGACAUCCUGAGCUUCCUCGGGGAGGCAGCAGUUGACAUCCGGCCUCAUGGUGUGCACAUGGUGCUCAACCAGCAGGGCCGGCCAUCAGGCGAUGCCUUCAUCCAAAUGACGUCAGCAGAGCGGGCUCUAGCUGCUGCUCAGCGUUGCCAUAAGAAGGUGAUGAAGGAACGCUACGUGGAGGUGGUCCCCUGCUCCACAGAGGAAAUGAGCCGUGUGCUGAUGGGGGGCACUUUGGGCCGCAGUGGCAUGUCCCCUCCGCCCUGCAAGCUGCCCUGCCUCUCGCCGCCCACCUAUGCUACCUUCCAGGCUAGCCCAGCCCUCAUUCCCACUGAGACAGCAGCUCUAUAUCCUUCUUCAACACUGCUUCCAGCUGCCAGGGUUCCUGCUUCCCCCACCCCUGUGACCUACUACCCAGGGCCAGCUACUCAGCUCUACAUGAACUAUACAGCCUACUACCCCAGCCCCCCAGUCUCCCCUACUGCGGUAGGUUACCUCACUACGCCCCCUGCUGCCCUGGCCUCUGCCCCCACAUCAGUGUUGUCCCAGCCAGGAACCCUGGUUCGCAUGCAGGGCAUUCCAUAUACAGCUGGUAUGAAGGAUCUACUCAGUGUCUUCCAGGCCUACCAGCUAGCCCCUGAUGACUACACCAGUCUGAUGCCUAUUGGUGACCCACCACGCACUGUGCUGCAGGCUCCCAAAGAGUGGGUGUGUUUGUAG